ACUAUGGUCCUUAUCACCAUGGUGGGGCCGGGGCAAGAGAGAGCCCUGGAGGGGAAGGGGAUUCAGUUGAAGAUGGAGUGAGUUUUGAGGGGAGCACUAUCUGAGGUAUUUGAGUCCCAGAGGCAUAGGAAACAGCAGGGGGAGGUCAGAUUCCAUUAUCCUCAAUGGGGAUGGGAAUUGGGGGUUUCGGGUGUGGGGUUGGGAACUGCUGCCCGCUUCACCCCCGUAGCCACGCAUGCUCCUUGGGCACCUGUCUCAGUGCCCAUGUUCACUGGGCGUCUUUCCAUCUGCCCCUUAGCCCACGUGGAGAACGCCAGGGAGCUGUGAGGGUGUGCCAUCAUGUUUCUGACUUCUGGACACUUUUUCCUCUACUGAGAUUCAUCUGUGUGAAAUAUGAGUUGGCAAGGAAGAUCGACCUAUCGGCCUAGACCAAGACGCUAUGUAGAGCCUCCUGAAAUGAAUGGGCCUAUGCUGCCUGAGCAGUUCAGUGAUGAAGUGGAACGACCAAAACCUGAAGAAGGGGAACCAGCAACUCAAAGUCAGGAUCCUGCACCUGCUCAGCAGGGAGAGGAUGACGGAGCAUCUGCAGGUCAAGUUGCAGGUGUCACACCUUGGAUUCACCAUAGCCAGCUGAAACCAGUGGCAGCAGUGACUCCCGACAAUGACCAGUGGAUUAGCCAACAAGACCCAGAUUGCCCCACCCAAAUGGUCCUGCGGCGAAACCCAACCACUGCUAAGAAGGACGACUGCCCUGCUCUGACCACACCAGAGGCUGAUCAGUCUACACACGGCUGAAGCUUGAGG